GAGGGGCGGGUUAUCAACAACAGACGGUCUGUGGAGCUAACGUUACUGAGGGACAGAGCUCAAGUGUUGUUUUGAAUUUGCUGGAAGACACCGACUGGAAAGGGGGCUAGGGUCUUUGGAGAAGAUGGCGGAUGUAGGAGGUGAUGAAACUCGGUCAGAUCUUCCUUCAGUAUCCCGUAACGGUCCAGUCGUCGGUCCGUCCGCGGGCCAAAACACAGCUAUCGUAACGUCAGGUCCACGGACGGUGAGGAUCGUCAAGUCGGAGUCGGGAUACGGUUUCAAUGUUCGCGGUCAAGUUAGCGAAGGGGGACAGCUUCGGAGCAUCAACGGGGAACUCUACGCUCCUCUUCAGCAUGUCAGCGCUGUUUUGCCCGGAGGUGCGGCAGACCGAGCUGGGAUAGCAAAGGGUGACAGGAUCCUGGAAGUUAAUGGGGUGAGUGUGGAAGGUGCCACCCAUAAGCAGGUGGUGGACCUGAUCCGGGCGGGGGAGAAGGAGCUGGUUCUGGCUGUGCUGUCUGUUCCACCUCAGGAGGCUGAUGGAUUGGAAGGAGGAGAGGAUGUUCAACCCAACUAUGACUACAGUGACAAGCAAGCAGUGCCCAUUUCCAUUCCCACAUACAAACAUGUAGAGCAGCACUCCGAGAGGUUUGUGGUGUACAACGUGUACAUGUCAGGCAGACAGCUGUGCUCAAAGCGCUACCGGGAGUUUGCUAUCCUGCACCAGAACCUGAAGAGGGAGUUUUCCAACUUCAACUUCCCGAAGCUUCCCGGUAAAUGGCCGUUCUCCCUGUCUGAACAGCAGCUGGAUGCUCGUCGCAGAGGCCUGGAGGAAUAUCUCGAGCGAGUUUGCUCUGUGCGGGUGAUCGGGGAGAGUGACAUCAUGCAGGAGUUUCUCUCUGAAUCAGAUGAGAACUACAAUGGAGUGACAGAUGUAGAGCUGCGGAUAGCCCUGCCAGACAAGACCACCAUCUCUGUCAGAGUCCGCAAGAACAGCACCACAGACCAGGUGUACCAGGCAUUAGUGUUGAAGGUUGGAAUGGACAGUAUUAUGGCGAGCUACUUUGCCCUUUUUGAAGUCAUCAACCACUCUUUUGUGCGGAAACUGGCGCCUAAUGAGUUUCCCCACAAGCUUUAUGUGCAGAAUUACACAUCGGCAGUGCCGGGGACUUGCUUGGCGCUCCGCAAAUGGUUGUUCAGCUUCCAGGAGGAGGAGUUGCUAAGAGACAACCCGCUGGCACUGCACUACUGCUUUCACCAGGCAUUGGAAGAUGUGAAGAAGGGAUUCAUAAAAACAGAGGACAAAUCCUACCAGCUGCAGAAGCUGGCAGAGCAGCGCAAGAUGGCCACGUACCUGAGUCUACUGCGGACAUGUGAGGGCUACAAUGAGGUGUCGUUCCCCCACUGCUCCUGUGACUCCAGGAGGAAGGGACAUGUCAUCACAGCUAUCAGCAUCCAUCACUUCAAGCUGCACGCUUGUACUGAGGACGGCACGCUGGAGAACCAGGUGAUAGCUUUUGAGUGGGCGGAGAUGCAGCGCUGGGACACCGAUGAGGAGGGGAUGGCUUUCUGCUUUGAAUACACCAGAGGGGAGAAGAAACCUCGCUGGGUAAAGAUCUUCACGCCAUACUUUAACUACAUGCACGAGUGCUUUGAACGGGUCUUUUGUGAGCUGAAGUGGAGGAAACAGGUUGAGGAAGAGGCAUCUGACAAAGACAACAAAAACUGCAGCAACAACGAGCAGGAACCACACAUUAGAGAGAACUAUUUGCUGCAUGAGACAGCGCAAGGCCAAGAAUACAAGUAUGCGGAUGAGCACCUGCAAGGCAUGAGGAUAAGUUUGAAACCCUCAGAGUUACAGGAACAGAGACACAUAAAGAGCAGCUGAGGACUGAGAGGACAUCCCGGAUAUAAGAGUAUUUGCCUCCUCUGGAAACACAGCAGAAGGGAUGGCGCCACCUUGGGGGUGAGAUUGCAACUUCCUAAAAGGAUUUGUCUUCACUCAAACUAGAACUGGUCCACUUGCAUCAUCACAACCACCCCAGAGAGCGCCCAUCGACAGACACGGAACAGAGUGACAGACUGAGGCAAUCCAUGCCCCAAUAAACAAACUGGAAGUGACCAAUUUGCAAAAUUGGAAUGGUCACACUUAACCGACCCCAGGGAUACACACAGCAAGAAGAGCAACGAAGGAGAAUAAACAAAAGUCAACUUUCAUGUCAUUUACUAGAUCUCCAUAGCGUGCCUGUUGUUUUCCUCCAUGCAUCCGCCCUGUGACGUGGGGCAGGACACGAGCAAAUUCUUGCCCCCCCCCACACAGUACGUGACUGGUCAGGGUCACCACAGCGCUGCGACACCACUUGCGCACCUCGAUGAUUCGCUACUUGACGGGGGAGCUUACGUGUGAAAUAGGAUUGUGACGGUUGGUUCCCCAAACACAGUCGGCUCUGCCCAGGAGCCUUCAGCGUGGCCCUUGUCUGCUGAACUGAGCUGAGAGGAUGGAGAUGAAAAUUAGAAGGGAGGGAUACAGAAAAAAAGGGGGGAUUUCUUUAACAGUUGGUGAUAAAGCGAGAAGCAAGAUCAUGCUUUACACUGAUGAAGGACAUUAACACAAAAAUUAUGUUUUCUGCCUGUAAGGUCAGAAGUCUUCUGUCUUUUUACUGAAAACAGAUGUGACAGGAUGUGCUCAUAAUUAUGUUUAACAAUUGUCUGAUGUUUAACAAUUGUCUGAUAAAAUAUAGAUUAAUAUAAGUGCUAAAAUAAUUGGUUUCUUGAUCUAACACAAUGAAACAACUGAAUUGCGUAUAAGCUGCUUUAACAAAUCUCCAUUUUUCACCUUGUCUUCUGGUCUGUUGGCAGUCUGCCAUUAAUGUCAGUAUGUGUAUUUCUGCCAUUAAUGUCAGUAUGUGUAUUCAUCCCCCUCUCGCAAGUGUUUUAUUGUGGUAAUUUUCCAGAGCUUGGAAGUUUAGAGGAAGGGGCUUUCUGAUUAUAAGCUGUGUGCAGGGACAAUACUCUUGAACAAAAGGUUGAUGGGCCAAAGCGUUGAUCUUUUUGCGCUAUAUGGGGAAUCUGUCUGACAGAUUGUGAACACAAGGGCAGGAAGUUUUCCUGUCUGUUGAGUUGCAGUUUUGUGAACAGGCACCAGAGAGCAGCAAAGUGUAAAGACAGGCUUAGUUGUAGGUUUUUAAGCAGAAAUAGAAAUCUUCUGAGAGCUUCAAGAGUGAUCCCUCGGGCUCUGUAACUCACCCAAAAGUAUCACUCCUCUGCAGUUUGCCCAUUACCCACGUCAGGAGGACAGAUGGUGGGUGUGCGUGUAUGUGUGUGCGUUGUAGAAAGAAUAGAUGGUGCGUAAAGUUGAGUGACUGCAACCACAACCAUCAGUAUAGCAAUGCAGGCAGCAAUGUCUGCCUCUUACUGCACCUAAAUGAGUACAGUAUUAGUUGUGUGCGUUUGCACAUGACAUAUGAUUAUAUCACAGUUUUACAAUGUACACAGAUUGUGUUUUUUUUUCCUCUGUAGGCUUUCAAAACAUUUUUGUCUCAUUUUAAGUGUGUAGAAAGCAGGUUAACAUGCUGAAAAAAAAAUGCUUUUGAAUGGAGAAAGUGUGCUUAAAUGUAGUGAUUAUACCUGAAUGCAAUAGAGUUUGGGGUUUUUUUCCCACUAAGGUCUAGUAGUUUAACCUCGGCCGACUCAUUACUGACUCAAUCUUGUGCUUCACUCGCCUUCUGGCAGCGACCAAUCUGAAACUGAGAGUGAUGUUGGUUUAUUUUUUAUUCAAACUGACUUUUAGAGCACAAGUUAAAAUUUCACUUUUUGUUUUUUUACAGUUGAGCUUAGCUUUUAGUUCAAUAAAAUGUUUAAUUCA